AAUUAAUGCAACGUGCCUCGUGCAUGUGUAGAGUCGCUUGACUGAGAGAAAAGGGAAAAGCAAGCUCACAAGCCGUCGCCAGGGAGUCUAGAGAUUGCAGAAAGGGUUUUAAAUUCGUUUUUGCAGGAGAGGUCUAAUGGCAGAAGGGCCUGCUAACUGCUCCAUACCUUUGUAUCGGAAGAGGAAAGCUCCAGAUCAUCUAGCUAGUCCUUAUACAGCUGCAAAGCAUCUUGAAUUAUCGCCUAGCCCAGCUCCUGACUCAACCCUUAGUCCUAACCAACCUGUCGAGAAUUAUGUCGAUCCAAUUGAAGAAUUGAAGUCGCUGGAAGAAGACAUGAGCAACUUCCGUCGUUUCAGUGGACGGAGCAAAAAGCAGACCAAUUUCUUUUGUCCCAUUGCACCUGCUAGUUUUCAUAGGAGGCGCAGCAAUAGCGCUACCAAUGCAGCUGUUCGAGCUUUGAAAUUUCCUUCGUCGACAAGCCCAGUGGACUCAGGAGGACCUGCUGGGAUUGCAGCUAGUGAAGAGAAGAAGGAAAGUAUUGACAAUGGAGAGGGUGAGGAUAAAGUGGUCGCUGCUAUGGAGAUAGCCACUGGGGAAGAAGUUGAGAUAAACAAACCACAAAAACCUCAACAGCAGACAGUUCCACAAGAGAUCAAGAAGCUGCCCAUUGGGUCAUUGAUAUGGGGCAAGCUCCCAGGGUAUGAAUGGUGGCCUGGCUGCAUUAUAAGCUUUGACAAGAAGAAGCUGAUUGAAGUAGUGAAAGAUGAAGAUGAUGAUGAUGAGGACACAGAGGAGGACGAAGAAGAGAAAGAGGAAGAUGGGGGUGAGUCUGUUUGGGUCAAGUGGUAUGGUGACAAUCAACUAUCUCAGAUCUCAUUUAAAAAGAUAUUCCCUUUUGGCAGCAACUUUCUGGAAUUUUUCUCUCCCAAUAAAUUAAGGGGACUUUAUAAGAAAGCAGUAGUCAAUUCAUUGAAGGAAGCUGCAAGGCGUUGUUCAAAGGAUAUCGGUUGCACACUUGAUGAAAGGAAGCCAUCUUGGAUAUUUCAUUCCUCUCAGUUUCAAGUCUUCCUUGAUGAAAGAAAAGCACUCAAUAAUUUGACACAAGAGGAGGCAAUUGAAGCAACUCCGGAGAAAAUUGAACAAGGAGAGAAAAGUCCAGUGUAUUCUCCCGAUUCUUCUUUUCCUAAUCUCCAACAAGAAGAGAGCAGCAUCUUCACUCAAAUUGAAUCAGAUCAAGAGUCUGACAGUUCUCCUGCUAAUGGUGUCAAAGAGAAGGGAGGUGGAAGAGGAGCUAAAAAGACCAAGACUGGACAGUUUCUUCUCUCACUGAUGGAAAAGGAUCUCCUCCAGUGGGCACUAACAGGGUUCCUACCUACCGGCCCUGAUGGAUUUCGACCACGUCCAGAGCAUUUGAUUGAUAUUAAGAUGUUUCCUUUUGGUGAGAGUCCUGCCCCUGGUAAUCAGUUCAUAAUUAAAAGGAAUGAGCUGCCAAUGGAGAGGGGGAGAGCAGUAAUUGAUCACGACUAUGACAAGAAACCAGAGAAUAAGUUAGUACUCCUGCAACAGAGAAACAAAGCUCAGUUUGAAUUGAUAAAAUUGGGGCAGCUAGCAAUUGAAAACAUCUGUAUUGCAUGUGGCAGUGUUAAUAUAUCUGCACAGCAUCCUUUGUUUUAUGGUGGGCUCUGUAAGCACUGCAAAGAGACAUUCAUGGAAUGUGCUUAUAUGUUUGACGAAGAUGGGUCACAGAUGUACUGUACUAUAUGCUCAGGUGGCAGUCAAGUCUUCAUGUGUGACACUCCAAACUGUUCAAAAGUUUACUGCAAUCCUUGCAUUGAGAAGCUCUGUGGACCAGAAGAAAGAAUGAAAGUUCAAGAUGCAACAGAGUGGCAGUGCUACAUGUGCUCUGGAGAGAUGAAUGGUCUACUAAGGAAGAGGGAAGACUGGGAUAAGAGACUCCAUGAUCUCUUUGUCACUGACAUUGAGACUGAGUUUGAGCCACCAAAAUUCUUUCCUCCAAUUCCAGCAGAGAUGAGGAAACCAAUGCGAGUGUUGGGUCUGUUUGAUGGAAUAGGAACAGGUUUGUUGGUAUUGAAGGAGCUUGGCAUCAAUGUUGAAGUGUACAUUGCCUCUGAGAUUGAUCCUGAUGCAAUCAAGGUCUCACGUAUAAAGCAUCCAGAGAUUAUUCACGUAGGAGCAAUUGAACAAGUGACAGAGAAAGAGGUAAGGAGUUGGGGUCCUUUUGAUCUUGUGUUUGGCGGUAGCCCUUGCAAUGAUCUCUCAAUAGUCAAUCCAGCAAGAAAAGGAAUUUAUGAUGGAACUGGCAAGUUGUUCUUUGAGUUUUUCCGUAUCCUCAGUUAUGCCAAACCACAGCCACAAGAUGAGAGACCAUUCUUUUGGCUUUACGAGAACGUAGUAUCAAUGAGGGCUCCAGACAAGAAAAUAAUAUCAAGAUUCCUACAGUGUAAUCCUGUUGUUGUUGAUGCUAGAGAUAUUUCUGCUGCUCACAGAGCUCGUUUCUUCUGGGGUAACCUCCCAGGAAUGAAUAGACCAGCUGUUCCUUUACCUGGUGACCGCCUCACAUUGCAAGACUGCUUAGAACCAAACUGCUUUAGGCACGCACAAUUUACUAAGUUGCGUACAAUCACCACAAAAAUGAAUUCAAUCAAGCAAACAAAGAGAGCCAUAUUUCCUGUUCGUGUUUUUAGUGGUGGCAUGUUUGAUAUCACUGGAGAGGGAGAGGAGGAGGAGGGAGACGUCCUUUGGUGCACUGAAAUGGAAAGGUUGUUUGGUUUUCCUGACCAUUAUACAGACGUAGCUAAUCUUGGGCGAUCCGGAAGACAGAAGUUGUUAGGAAAGGCAUGGUCUGUACCAGUAAUAAGGCAUUUACUAUCACCACUGAAGGAUUAUUUCAAGUCUGAUACGACUGGUGUGCCUUCUUCCCUCAAACAGACCCACAUACCCAUUACUCCUGUUUCCAUAACAACAGCUCCUCCUGCUCCGGUUCUGCCAGUCAUUGCCCCGCCCCCUAAGUACCUCAGCCCUGAGCCAGAGACUGUCAUUGUUAUCAUGAAAACCGACGAAAUGGACUAGUCGCCGUAACGCGCCCACUUAUUGCGCUAUAAGAUACUUCUCUCAUUUAUUCCCUUAACCACCAGUACAAUACUUUUUUGUUUAUUUUUGCUUAUCACUUAAUUUGAGUUGACGCCAUUUAUCAAUAUUCAUUUAUCAUUAUUCUCAUUUAA